AUGGAGGAGAGAAAUGAGAGUGAGAAAAUGGAUGAAGUUAUGCUGCCAGGGUUCAGGUUUCAUCCGACUGAUGAAGAACUAGUAGGGUUUUAUCUAAGAAGAAAGAUUCAGCAGAGGCCUCUUUCCAUUGAACUCAUCAAGCAACUUGACAUCUACAAGUAUGAUCCAUGGGAUCUUCCAAAACUGGCAACAACUGGAGAAAAAGAAUGGUACUUUUACUGUCCAAGGGACCGAAAAUAUAGAAACAGUGCACGUCCUAACCGUGUCACUGGAGCCGGAUUCUGGAAAGCCACGGGGACUGAUAGGCCUAUAUACUCCUCAGAGAACUCAAAAUGCAUUGGCUUGAAGAAGUCCCUGGUUUUCUACAAAGGGAGAGCAGCAAAAGGUAUAAAAACUGACUGGAUGAUGCACGAGUUCCGGCUUCCCUCAGUCCCCGACUCCGUUUCCCCUAAACCAUAUCUCCACAAAAACAUUCCAGCUAAUGAAUCAUGGGCAAUAUGUAGGAUUUUCAAGAAGGCAAACUCGAGUACAAAAAGAGCUUUCUCUCAUUCUUGGGACCAGAAAGACUUCGGUUCAAGUUUUCGCAACUCAAUCGUACAUGAAGGAAUCAUUAAAGAUUUGACCUUUUCGAACUCAUUAUGUAACUCACUAGGGGCACGAGAAACAAUAUACUCGAUACCUGAGACUACUACUACAUCUGACAUGAUAAAUCCUCAUGCUCUUACUCCUGAUCAGUUCACUACUGGCUAUAUGUCAUUGGCUAACAAAACGAAUUCGGCCUUCCAUUUAGGUUUCAUAAACAAUGAUAUAGAAAAAUCAUCAAUUGCUAGUUUUUCUCCCCUUGAAGUUCCUGCCUACAAACCAAUUAACCAAACUGACAAUAGACCCUGUGAAGUUUCCAUUUUCAAUGGAAACUUAACUCCAAGUUACUCAUUCUCAUCCUCAGAACCCACCACAAAAUGCACCAUUGAUGCUUCUUCCACGUUCCUGAACUCUAUAUUUGGAGAUUUUGGUAAGAACGUGGACUGCAGUACAUUGCAACAGCAAUGCGACACCUUUUCCACCACGAUAUUACAGGACAUGCAAGGAAACAUGUGCCAUGGAGAAGACAUGUCCAGCUUAAUACAACAACAAAUAAAACAUCGUUCUCAACAAAUUUGGGAUCAACAAGACACGGGCUUAAUGAAGGACCAUAAUGCGGCACAAUUAGAAGGAUUUCCUUUUAGUUUCCCUUUGAGUAUGCCUGCCGAUGCAUGGAAGUCAAAUUUGUUGUGGGAUUCUUCUCCUUGUCCUACCGAAUUUUCAUCAAGUUAUUCUACUAAUUAA